AUGGAGCAGUUAAAGAAGAGAUUGGCGGCCUAUCGGGACGAGAUAGAACAGCAUAAACAAAGAGCAGACGAGGCAGAUGAAGCUAGAAAUAAGGCAGAAGAAGAAAAGGAUCGGACUCAGUUUGAAUUGGAAGAAGCACUGCGUAAAAUCAAAGUACUUGAAAGUGAUUUAGAUACAGCGGAAUCUAAGUUAAACAACCAGAUAUCUUAUAAAAAGGCAGCAGAUGACAGAUGUGAUGAAUUAGAACAGAAGCUUAAAUCUGCAGAGUAUGAAAUUUCAAAACUAGAAACUGAUCUGGAGACGGUAAAAAGAGAGAAAGAAAAAGCAGAUAAUGAGCUAAAACAAGCUCUAGAGGACAUCGAAGGAAUAUAG